GGAGGCUCGCGACGGCGGCGCCUAUUGGCCGGAGCGGCCCCCGUGACGCCGGGUGGCGACUGGCUCCCGGGUCUGAGGGGCUCCUGCUUGUCAGGUUCUAGCUCAGUGUUUUUGGCUAGACCUCUGAUCACUUCCGUGAGACUGCACACUUUCUCGAGUGUCUUCCUCAUCUCUAAUGUGUAUUUCCUCACCAUGGAGCUGCUACUUUAGCUAAGACAUGGCCAGCAAUGAUAGUAGUAAGAUAUGUGCUGACUAGCAGGCUCACGUGUGCAGUGUGGAGGACAAGCAGUGCCUUACAAAAUGGGAUUUGGGAGUGACCUGAGGAACUCACAGGAAGCUGUGUUAAAGUUGCAAGACUGGGAAUUACGGUUGCUGGAGACAGUGAAGAAAUUUAUGGCUCUGAGAAUAAAAAGUGAUAAAGAAUAUGCAUGUACUCUGCAGAAUCUUUGUAAUCAAGUUGAUAAGGAAAGUACUGUGCAAGUGAAUUAUGUCAGCAAUGUGUCCAAGUCUUGGCUCCUGAUGAUUCAGCAGACAGAACAGCUGAGUAGGAUAAUGAAGACACAUGCUGAGGACUUGAACUCUGGACCCUUGCACAGGCUCACCAUGAUGAUCAAGGACAAGCAGCAGGUGAAGAAGAGCUAUGUGGGCAUCCAUCAGCAGAUAGAGGCAGAGAUGAUCAAGGUCACAAAAACAGAAUUGGAGAAAUUAAAAUCCAGCUAUCGACAAUUAAUAAAAGAAAUGAAUUCUGCCAAAGAGAAAUAUAAAGAAGCCUUAGCCAAAGGGAAGGAAACAGAAAAGGCCAAGGAGCGCUAUGACAGAGCCACCAUGAAGCUCCACAUGCUGCAUAAUCAGUAUGUCCUGGCGCUGAAGGGGGCGCAGCUCCAUCAGAGUCAGUAUUACGACACCACGCUUCCUCUGCUGCUGGACUCUGUGCAAAAGAUGCAAGAAGAAAUGAUAAAAGCACUAAAAGGUAUAUUUCAUGAAUAUAGCCAGAUAACCAGCCUUGUUACAGAGGAAAUAGUGAAUGUCCAUAAAGAGAUUCAAAUGUCUGUUGAACAGAUAGAUCCUAGCACAGAAUAUAAUAACUUCAUAGAUGUUCACAGAACAACAGCUGCAAAAGAACAAGAAAUCGAAUUUGAUACUUCCUUAUUAGAAGAAAAUGAAAAUCUUCAGGCUAAUGAGAUCAUGUGGAAUAAUUUAACAGCAGACAGUUUGCAAGUAAUGCUGAAGACCUUAGCAGAAGAGCUUACACAGACACAGCAGUUGCUCUUAAGCAAGGAGGAGGCAGUCCUGGAGCUAGAGAAGAGGAUUGAAGAAUCUUCUGAGACCUGCGAAAAGAAGUCUGACAUUGUGCUUCUUCUGGGACAAAAACAGGCACUUGAAGAGUUGAAACAGUCAGUCCAGCAGUUGAGAUGUGCUGAGGCAAAGUGUGCAGCACAGAAAGAAUUACUGGAGCAAAAAGUGCAAGAAAAUGAUGGGAAAGAACCACCUCCGGUGGUAAAUUACGAAGAAGAUGCGCGGUCAGUCACAUCGAUGGAAAGAAAGGAGAGGCUCUCCAGAUUUGAGUCUAUUCGCAACUCCAUUGCUGGGAUCAUUAGGUCUCCAAAGGCAGCACUGGGCUCCUCAACACUAUCUGACAUGAUCUCAGUGGGCGAGAAACCGCUGGCGGAGCAUGACUGGUACCAUGGCGCCAUCCCCAGAAUAGAGGCCCAAGAACUGCUGAAGCAGCAGGGAGACUUCCUGGUGCGAGAGAGCCAUGGGAAACCCGGUGAAUAUGUCCUUUCUGUCUAUUCUGACGGACAGAGGAGACACUUUAUCAUACAAUUUGUUGAUAAUCUCUAUCGAUUUGAGGGCACUGGGUUUUCCAACAUCCCUCAACUUAUAGAUCACCACUUCUCCACAAAACAAGUCAUCACCAAGAAGUCUGGGGUGGUCCUGCUGAAUCCUAUUCCUAAGGAUAAGAAAUGGAUUCUCAAUCAUGAAGAUGUUACAUUGGGAGCACUACUCGGCAAGGGGAAUUUUGGUGAAGUGUAUAAGGGCACACUAAAAGAUAAAACUCCUGUUGCUGUUAAGACAUGCAAGGCAGAUCUUCCUCAGGAAUUAAAGAUAAAGUUUUUACAAGAAGCCAAAAUUCUCAAGCAAUAUGAUCACCCCAAUAUUGUCAAACUUAUAGGCGUGUGCACACAAAGACAGCCUGUCUACAUCAUUAUGGAACUGGUCCCAGGAGGUGAUUUCCUGUCCUUUCUGAGGAAGAGGAAGGAUGAACUAAAGCUCAAGCAGUUGGUGAAAUUUUCCUUGGAUGUUGCUUCUGGCAUGUUGUACCUUGAGAGCAGAAACUGUAUACACAGGGACCUGGCUGCACGAAACUGCCUGGUUGGUGAUAAUAAUAUGCUAAAAAUCAGUGAUUUUGGAAUGUCACGGCAAGAAGAUGGUGGAGUAUAUUCAUCUUCUGGCUUAAAGCAGAUCCCCAUUAAAUGGACAGCGCCGGAAGCUCUUAACUAUGGGAGAUACAGUUCUGAAAGUGACGUGUGGAGCUUUGGCAUCCUCCUCUGGGAGACAUUCAGCCUAGGAGUCUGUCCAUACCCUGGAAUGACGAACCAGCAAGCACGAGAACAAGUGGAGAGAGGAUACCGGAUGUCAGCCCCACAGAACUGUCCAGAGGAGAUUUCUAAAAUCAUGAUGAAGUGCUGGGAUUACAAGCCUGAAAACCGCCCUAAGUUCAGUGACCUUCACAAAGAGCUCACUGUCAUCAAGAAGAGAUUCACAUAGUACCAGGCGGAGCCAGCCUCCACCUGCAGGCCUCUGUCCUCAGCUGCCCUGAUUUUAUACCACCUUACUGCAAACAUCUUUGAAGGUUAUGGUUUUUGGUUUUUUGUUUUGUGUUUUUUUUUUUUAAUUAACUGGGUUUUUAAAGUAUGUUAAAGGCAAAUUUAUUCAAGAAAUAAAUAGUCCUUCCCAGGGCCAUAUUAGCUAACCACAGUAGCCCUACGAUUUGAAGCCACUGUAGAGAGAAAAAAAGCACAGGCCUAACUGAGAAGAUAAAAGAUCUAUCUCUUCAUGCCUAGGACCACUGAUAUUCUUCCAAGGUUUUCUAUGUCAGGCCUAGCCGUGGGCUGCUCUCCUCUGCCACAGGCCCUCCUCAGUUGGUGCUAUAAACAGCAUUGGUAACUCAUGCUUGCAGGACACAUUCCCACCACAGUUGGCUUUCUACUCUGCCAAGGCAAGAUUGUACCUAUAAAUAUAAUCAUAUAUUGGGAAUUACUUGGACCUCCUAGGGUUUUUCUUCUCUCUCCUGUCAGAACAAGCCCGGUGAGAACAUCAUGCUCCUGGGUUAUUUUGUCUUUUACCUCCUUGGUUCAGGCUGCCAAAAAUGGUGCGUGGAAACAUCCCAGAGGGCACACAGUAUAGAGGCAGCUGCUUCUCCAGGGCAUACAGAGGAGAAGGGGACAGAGGAGCAGGUGAUCAGGAGGACAAGUUGGGAAAGGAACAGCUAGCCAGUGUGCAACGAGGAGAAGAAAACAAGUAGCCUUCCUCCCUGACAUACAGCUUAUAACACAAUGGUCUGAAUUCCCUAACAAGGUCUGAGAAGUGUUUCAGGAGCUCACAGAGCCCAGUGGAAACUUCCCUAAAGAUCUACGGUCCACAGAAGGAGCAGCAUGAUUCUAAUUGUGCAUCUUCAUCCUGGGGGACAAUCCCAGAAUGGCAUCCCCUUUAUUCGUGCCAGUUUCUGGACCUUCAGAGUCCAUGACUCACAUUCACAAACAUAUCCACAUGUGUCUACUGAAGGGCAUGGUUGCUUAUGAAUGAAAUUAAUGGGCCAGAAGUCAAAUCAUUGUUAAUGAAGACAAUCCCUAAGGACACCCACCACCUCCAUCUCCUCUUUUCCCCCAAAGCCACUACCUGGAAAUCUACUGAUAGCUCACAGCUCUGCAAGGCCACUGUUAAAGGUGUCCCCUGUGUGUCAGAUGUAUGCCAGUUAAACUAGGAUUUGUUGAACUGAAUCUUACCUGCGUGCAGGGAACUUCCCCGUGAUCUGUCACAGUUGUCUCGGGAUCAUUGUUUCCGGGAGUCUUCACUGAGUCUCAGCCCUGUGUCCAGACAGACGUCACCUUCGCAGUGACUCAGGCUAUUUGCUGAAGCUCCUGAGGUGUGGAGUUCCUCCCGCCCCGGCAGGGUAGAAUGUAGAUCACACCUUAACGAGGAUUCCUAGCUAUCAUUUCAGCCUCACUGCUAAUUUUUAUUGCUAACUUUAUAAUUUUAUACAUGGUUAAUGAUUCAUACAUGCCGAGUGAAGUAAAGGCGUAAUGAGCCUGCCCGCACCAGUGCAUGCAAAGCAACCUCCCUAUCCGCACAGCUCUCCCUCGGGUCAGGCAGAGCUCCCCUUCAAUGGCUAACACCACUGCAGCCCAAGUACAGGGUGCCAUGCUCUGCAGGCGUCUGCCAGCCCUCAGAAGGAGAUAAGACGUUCCCUUUCAGGAUUUCCAAGUGACUCUGUCUAUAAUACACUGUCUCUGAAAGAGACAAAACAGCAUCUCCCCACUCAGCACUAUGCUCCCAGCAAGUGACGGGAAGCUUGGCUCCAAUCCGGGACAAGACCAGAAGUAUAAUCCUUGUGUGUCCUGGUGGAAAGAGAACCAUGGCAUUGAUAUUUCACUUAUCUAAGCUGUUAGGAUUUGCAAUUCACAUCAUAACUCUUUGCUUAAAUUAAAAAGGCUUUUCAAAACAUCGUGACAUCUGCAGCAUUUAAAUUCUAUUUUAUUCUUUGUCCCAGAGCAGGCAGAGGUAUAGUUUAAGAUUAACUCAUCGGGAGCCUUUCAGGAUCAUGUCAGUCGUAUAGAAUAUUAAAUUUAACAUAGGCACACGCAUUAAGGAAAGCUUAUGCAAAACAUUCUUACUGUUAAUUUUGUUAUGCUUGAAGCAUAAUUUAUUCAUCCCUUCUGUCACUGAUAAUUAUUGGAAUUAUGUACUUUAGGAGGCUAAUCCAUACCCAGAAAGUGCACAUAUAAAUACAGUUCUGAUUUGCAAGUUGAUUUAGGGAAAAGAGGCUGCAGAAAUGCACAAAAUUCUAUGACUCCUAUAGUUGAAAAAAUAAUAAUAAUAGUAAACAGUGGUACCCCAAACUAACAGUGAUGUGGCUGCCCCUGAGCCUGGUCACGAAUCUUCAUUUUCCUAGUGGAGCCCUCGUAGCCCUGCCCCGAGCUUUCCUCACUGGGCACGAAGGAGAAGACUGGUAAGCAGAAGCUGGCUGACUUUCCUUCUGCAUUUUUCUGCCUUGAGUCACCAAGAAGCCUUCAUGAGAAAGGGCGAGUUCACUGUUUUCCAGAGAUAGAAAACUUGUCUGUCACAGUAGCAUUCAUGCUUGGUGUGUUUCAUGUGACCUAUGCUUUCCUCUCAAAGCCAUUUUCUUAGGAAGAUGAUAAAGCGUUACUAGGCUUUCUUUCAGCCUAUCCUGCUACCAGGUCAACAAGGGGAAGUUCCAUGUGAUACUUUCUCCUUUUUCCAAGACUUAACAGGGACAGUACAAUUGGUUCCUCAUUCACAGCUGGCCAUCUUCCCACAAGCAUCCAUCAGUAUAGCGUGGAGUAUGUCUCACAGGAAACAGGAGUAUCUUAUGACUGAGAUUAUAUUCAUUUCCUAAAAUAACCAAGUUUCUGUUUUAGCCACUGUUUCCAUCAUCCAGCUACAGCACUGUGCCAAGGCUGUGUUGACAAGCAAGCAUUUUAGUUGCAAUAUGUGCUCCAUGCCAGGACUCAGAGUGAGCAAACUGGCAGUACAGAUCUCCGUUGUGUCGUGGUCAUCAGAUGUUGUACAGGUGUACAUGAACAUCAUCUUAAUAUGCUGUGUGUACACUCCCUCACAGCCACGAGUCCUCGAAGCAGGAGUGACAUCUCGAAGAGGGUUGUGCCUGAGUCCUCUUCCUUCCAGCACACUCCAUUUGUCAUGCCACUAACAUUCCGCCUGUCUCUAGUCAAUAGAUGUGAUUGCCAGGGGAAGACAGACUUCCCUAUCUGGAGAUCAGAGCCCUCGUGCAAAACUGCACCACCGCUGAGAAAGAGCUGCAGAGACACGUCUCCCUCAUGUGUCAGUGUCUUCAGCAGAUGGGAUCAAAGGCUUGAUAGGAAAAACCAUCGUUGAAGUGGCACGAGAGCCUAAUAUCAAAAUAAAGUAUUACAUCUUAUUAACUGAUUUACUAUACACAUCAGAAUUCUUUUAUUAGAUUUUUUUAUUUUAUUUAUAUUGUUUUGGGUUUAUUAGUUUCAUGUCAAGUCUGAGUAUGUACUUUUUUGAGAAUCCAAAAUGUCACUCAUUUCUGUAUAAGACCACCUCGAUUUAAAAGCCAGCAAAGUCACCCUGUUAGGACAGACUUAAGCUCACAUAAAAUGACCCUUUGAAAAUCGUGUUCUAAUACAGGUAGUGAAUCAACUAUUUAUCACUGCCCUAAGUUGGUAUGAGAAAUGCACCCCUUGUCCCCACAAACCAUCCCUCUGCCCUCUGCUAAUUCAAAGAUGAAAUUCAGUGGUAGCAUUACAAUCACUGUGCUAUCCUGACAAGGUGUGAACAUUCUGGGAUGAUAGCAGAAAGAAGAAGAAAAAGCCUGCUGUGAAAUUCUUCAUCCCUUUACACUGGCCAGGAGUAAUGAUCUGGGAGCAGGAGGCCCGUCAAUGAGCUGCCCAGGCAGGCUGCAGGGAGGCAAAGCGAGCCAGUUCCUUGGAGCAUGUGGAGAAUGUGGACAGAGACUGAGAGUGUCACCAGGAAGUCUGAGGAAACUGCCAGGAGGCCAGACUCUUCCCACAAUAAAUAAAUAAACAAACAGAAAAGAUCAUCAGCCCCAAAGAGCUCAUCCCAAUGCCAGGGCCUCUCAGUAGCAGUAGCCACUUGGUCCCAUGUGCUCAGUCUUGAAGAAGGGUAGCCGAGGCUCUGUACUUGUACUUGUUACCAGAACUCCUUAGGUGAAAGGCCACUGACUUUUCACAUCUCAUUAGAAAUCUUGGUUAGGUAGGACCUAACCUGGGCUAAAGUUUCCUAAAUGAGAACAUGCGCACAUCAUCUUGUGGUACCUGUGGCCACCAGGAACUAAAUGGUUCCUAGGGUUAUCUGCUGAGGGUGCUCCUACUCGGGACUCUUGAAGGGAAUAAACCAGCAGGGAAGCUGGGAAAGUUGCCCUGCUUUCUGACCUUACACCAGGAACCUUGGGGGGAGAGAAGAAAUAGUCUCAAGAAACGUUGUGAGGCAGAGCCCGGUACAGCUGGGCAAGAGGGUGGGCAUCCAGCAGACAGAGGCAGUGAGAGCAGCAACAAGACCCACUGAAAAGCCCCAAGCCUUGUUUGUCACCACAGAGCCAGCCUCGGAGACUGGGGAACAGCCUCCUGCUGGACAGAACCAAAUAAAACACACCUCAAGCCUCCACAGUGGCUCCUCGAAGGGCCCAGUUGACUGUCGGCCUGUCUGCCUGCCUUAUGUUCCAUGCUGUCUCAGGAAGUAGCCACUGUUUCUCUGCACAGCUGCAGAGGUAGAAGUCACGCCCAUUUCAUAAGCACAGGUAAACUGAGUAAUGACACACCUAAUGUGGCCAGCACUGCAGGGGAGUUGCUAUGACUGUUUCCAGGUUUCAUUUAUUAAUGAAAAGCUGUAACAUGGCAGGUUUAGCUUCCUUACUAGCAAACUUGUCAGAAUCCUCAAACAAGAAUAUUGAAGAACAUUUCAGAACUAUGUGCCCAGACAUCUGUUAAACCAGCAAGACACACGGUGUUCCUCAGAGGACCUGAGUGCUAGGUCAAUAGACCUCAUAGAACAACGUUCUCCUCAUGUGCUGUAUCAGAUCCAGGAACUCUCAGAGUUGCAGUUUUCCACACUUGGCCUUAGCUUCUGCCUACGAUCCUUUCUCAUCCUCAGCUUCAUAAUGCUUUGCCAGAACAGAAAAGCCUUCAUCGCUGGUUUAUAAACACAAGUGUCUUCUGGGGUUUCUCUGCCCCCAGGAAUGUGCAGCCCCAUGAAGCCCAAGCACACAGUCAGUAUGCAGACAGGAAACUCAGGUGCCAAGUGUGCUGAGAGUGGCCUUAUCUGCAAAGGUUUGGGGGACUUUUUUUUUUUCUGGAAGGACAGAAAGACUGUGAGCGAGCAUGCCCAGGCUGAAAGCAUCCCUGUUGUCUUGCACUAGUAAGCUGAUCACCCCCCAAAGCAAUACUGGAGCAGAACUCUGUACAGAAAAGCCCUGGACAUCGGAUUCUUCCACACACAAGUCUAGGAUAAGACACUCUGUAUCCUCUAUAUACAAUAAAAGUUGUUCAAGUUACAUCAUGCUAAAAGAUUUUCCAAAGCUUCAAGAAAGAGGGCAUUGUGAGGGCUUGCAUUCAAAGUAAGCCAGUCUACCUAAAUACAUACUCCAGAACACUGUAUGAAAACAUCAGCUCUCCUCCUUGGCUUCCCCAAGCAGCUCCCUUCCUAGAAAACCAGACACUACCCCCUUUCUGUUUGUUGGGAAUUUCUGUAGCAUCUGAAUAAGUGGGUUAUAAAUGCCUCGUGGGAAGCCCUGUAACUACCAGUGCCCACAACAGAACAGUGACUUACCUCCACCACCUGGUGAGAGCAGCAAGAACCCAAGUAUGAAAAGGGAAGUUAAAUGUGAUUCCGAAUUCUGGUUCCUGUUAUCUUCAUGUAGCACUCGUCAAAUCACCUGGAGGUGUUCGAGGUGCCUGACAAUCAUCACAGAGCAAAAAGUGAGCCUUGGAGACUUGAGGUCUCCAAGUGCCCCGUAUUCAAAACCUUCGGGGCUAGGAGGGAACCAGACAGCUGUUGUUAUGGAUACCCUGUGUAAGAAAACCAUCCUUUUUUUCCCCCCAGCUUGCCAGUCCAUGCCUUUUUAAAAAAAAAAAAAAAAAAAAAAACCAUCUUAAGAAUUUUCCUCUUACAAAGACCUUGGUGGGGAAGACUUGCCUGACAACUCAUAAGAAAUGCCGAACUAGCAUAAGCAAAUACAGGGCAGGAACCAAGGUCGCUCCUCACAAAGCACAGCUGGACUUACCCUGGACAUGCCAUGCUGCGGGACCCCACUCCAUGCUAGUUGUAACUGCUCUCCUGCAGCAGCAAUCAGAAGACCAACACAGUCCCAAAGAAGUGAAUUUCCCUUCGCUCCUUUGGCCCUGGGCCUUUCACAUGCGUGGUACACAGAAUGUGAAUGCAUCCCAAAGAAUGAGAUCACUUCUUUGUUUAGCAUCAACAAGACUGCAUCCUCCAGCUUCAGCAGAUCACUGUAGGUAUACAUCACAAUCAAGUGGUUCUGAUCAAAUCAAACAGAAGCUCAUUUAUUUCCAAUUCAUGACAAAAGUGGCCAGAAGACAGAAAAGACCUUUCAUCUGCUGGAAUAUCACCUCAUUAUCACAGUGUCUGUUAUCCAAAUGUACCCUGUGAUGGUCUCCAUGUGGACAGUUCCAUCCUCCUCCUCCUUCCUAAACCACCGAGACUGCCUGUUGAAUCAGCUUCUCUAGUCAAACAGCUAUAGAUUUUUAUGUCUAGAUACCUGUAGGUUUUCUGUUUGUGUUUCAGUGUGGAGCAGCGGGGACAGGGAGGGUGAAUGGUGGAGCACAUCCUGUUGACUUUGCAUUGGAGUGUGUAUGUAAGUUUCUUAGUUUGGUCUGGGUGCUUUGGUUGAGUGAUCAGAGAUUCCAGAACUCCCUGAAAGCGUAACUAUGCAGCCGCAUCAGGCUUAAAGAUCCAUGGAAGUACAAGACAAUAAAAGUGAGCUGUCAGAAACCUCCAAGCCACUCUGACUUCUUCAGGAGUCCAAGCAAACUGAGCACAGAAACAAAAUACUCAUCUGGUGCCCAGGCCAUGUUAGGCUGCCAUUUUCCCAGCACAGGCCCACAGAGAGUAGGUACAGAAAUGCGGUUUUCUGAGUUGAUUCUCAGUUUGUUACUAGAUGAACUCAGUGGUGAGGGAGCAGGGCCACCCUUGGCUACCUGUGGUCUAGAGGUUCCUUCUGUAACCAGCAUCGUGAACCAGGCACGAUGGGGUUUUCUUCAGUGCAGAUGUAUAGCCAUUUUAAUGUCAGGCUAAAGCACCUUUACUCUUUUGCUGUUAUUUUAAAAUAAUAUAUUUGUGAAAUAGAUAAAAGAAACACUGGAAAAAGGGUGCUUCUGAAAAGGACAAGUAUAGAACAUAUGAACAAGGUCUGUGGUGGCUUAUCUGGCUUUGUAAAUGACCCCGAGGGUGGGCGACAGCUACGUGUGUGAGGCGGUUGGUUAGUACCUUUGGCCAUUUGUAUCUCACAUCUGUAUUUAACCGGUAUUUAUUUGUUAGAUUUUACAUUCAGAAGAAAUACACUUUGAAUUUUGGCUAACAUUACAGAAUGUUGUGAAAAUUGCCUUCUACAUUUUUUAUAAAACACAAUGUCAUCAUUUUUGUAAAUUAUGACCAUUUUUGGACAGCCUUCUUUUUACCAGAGACCAAUCACCAUCCACUGGUUUGCAGAGCCUCUUUUUAUUGUGUCCUUGUAAUAAUGUAAAAUAUUUACAGCAAA